AUGCUGUCCCUCCUUUUGGCUCUACUGCCAGCCGCGUAUGCGGCGCAGCGUGGUGGAAAGGGUUUCCGUGAUCGUCCCGACUUGGUCGUCGACUAUCCGGAACUGCACGACCUCGACUUUUCGACCAACUUUGCCUCGCUGCACGACACUUCCAAUACGACAGCCUCCAAUGUCACGUACCGUUACAAAACCAACAAGACCGAGCCGUUCCUCGUCUCCAGCCUGCCAGAGGUCAACUGGGACUUUGGAGAAAUGUACUCUGGACUCAUGCCGAUCGACUCCAACGAUACCUCCAGGGGGCUCUUCUUCGUCUUCAAGCCCCGUGAUGGCGACCCCGUGGAUGACCUCACUAUCUGGCUCAACGGUGGACCAGGCUGCUCCUCGCUCGAGGGAUGGUUCCAGGAGAACGGGCCUAUCAUAUGGCAGCCAUCGACGUACGUUCCCGUGGCCAAUCCCUACAGCUGGGACAAGGAGACCAACAUGAUCUGGGUUGAGCAGCCCGUCGGCACUGGCUUUUCGAUUGGUACGCCGACGGCGCAAAACGAAUACGACAUUGCUGCAGACUUUCUCAAGUUCUUCCAGAACUUCCAAACGACGUUUGGCAUCUCCAACUACAAGAUCUACGUGACUGGCGAGUCCUAUGCUGGUCGUUACGUGCCAUACAUUGCCUCGGCGAUGGUCGACUCGAACAACACCGAGUUUUUCAACGUCUCGGGUGCCCUGGUGUAUGACCCGUGUAUUGGCGACUAUGAGAACAUCCAGCAGGAGAUCACGGCGUACCCGCAUGUGGCCAAGAACAACGACCUGUGGGGUCUGAACGACACCUACCUUUCCCAGUUGGAGCAGCUGCACAAGUUGUGUGGGUUUGAAGCCUACAUCGACCAGUGGCUCAAGUUCCCUCCCGCAGGACAACAGCCUGCCUUGCCCAAGUGGAACUACACCGUCAACGCCAGCUGCGACGUCUUUGACCUCGCCCUCGAGGGCGCAUUCGUCAUCAACCCUUGCUUCAACCUGUACGAGAUUGUCGACAACUGUCCGGCGCCGUUCGACCCCCUCGCAACACCUGCCGGUAUUGGAGUCGCCACACCGGGCACCGACGUCUACUUCCGCCGCCCCGAUGUCAUUGCCGCCAUGCACGCCCCCACGUCCGUCAACUGGACCGACUGCGCCAGCGUCCCCGUCUUCCCCAACGGCGACAAUUCGCCCGACUCCAUCCAACACGUCCUCCCCAACGUCAUCGAGCACACGAACCGCGUCCUCGUCUCCAACGCCGACUGGGACUUUGUCAUCAUCACCAACGGCACCCUCCUCGCCAUCCAGAACAUGACGUGGAACGGCGCCAUGGGCUUCCAGUCCCAGCCCAACGACACGCUGUACGUCGCGCAGCCCGACCAGGUCUGGGCCCCGCUCCAGGGCUACGUCGCCUCCGACCCGCAGGGCACCAUGGGCAUCAAGCACUAUGAGCGCGGGCUCAUGUGGGUCGAGGCGUUCCAGGCCGGCCACAUGCAGCCGCAGUACCAGCCCCGCGCGGCGCUGCUGCACAUCCAGUGGCUUCUCGGCCGUAUCGAUGACCUGCCCACGGCGCCAACGGACACCAGUGCGGCGACUAACACCAGUGCCGUCUAG